AUGGCUUCUGCUUCAAAUCAAUCUCAACAACAACCUAUUAAUUAUUCUGGUGAUGCUCCAACUGCAACAUCUUCAAGUGUAACAACUAAAAGUUCAGUAACAUUUGAUGAAGAUUUAUUUCUAUUUUUACCUCGUCUGAGUGAUAUUCUUAAAAGUUUCGAAAAAAAUCCAAGCGAGUUAAAAGUCAAGUUAGAUGAACUUCGAAAACAAUUCGAAUCUUGUAAUGAUAUGAUAUCACGUGUUGAAGGUAUCGAUACAACGAUUGAUAGUCAACGUUCUGAGCUUGAAAGACUUGAUAAUGAACUUAAAUCUAAAAGUGAAUUACUUAAAAAACAUAUUCAAAUGUGUAAAUUUGAUUUAAAUAUGCCACCAAAAGCACGACGACUUCCAUCUGAAACUGAACAAGAGUUAAAUCAUCAAAGAUCACAAAAUCCAACUCAUGCAAUGAAUAUUAAUGAUGACGACGAUGAUAAUGAGGAUGAUGAUCUUUUCCAAUCGGAUGAUAAUACUAAUUCGCAUCAAGAACCAAAUAAUGAAAGUCUUUCUUCGUUUUUUUCUUAA